CUUCCUCACCCGUCCCACACAGAGAGGGAGAGAGAGGGAGAGUUGAGCAGAAGAGGGUUCGAAGAUGGGGGAAGCAGCGGGGCAGGGUGUUGUCGAGGUUACAACAGCGUCCAAGAAGGAAGUUGGGUUCCCUUUUCCUGGCCCAAUUGCUCAGUUGCAGAUAAGAUUCAGGGCUUUGGAGAAUGGGUUUAAGACAUGGCUCAGCAAGCAAUCCCUUCCCGUCGAAGCGGCCAUUGUUACCGCCACCAGCGCCGCUCAAGGUGCUGCCAUCGGCGCCUUCAUGGGUACUCUCACUGCAGACGUUUCCUCCUCUCUCCCAGUCCCUCCUCAAGGCGCUGCUCUCAAUCCCCAAGCCAUGGCAUCCCUUCAACAGGCUCAGGCUCUUGCUGGGGGUCCUCUGUUACAAGCUCGCAAUUUUGCAGUCAUGACAGGUGUAAACGCAGGUAUAUCCUGUGUCAUGAAAAGAAUACGGGGAGUGGAGGACAUCCAAACCAGUAUGGUUGCUGCUUUUGGUUCGGGAGCAAUGUUUUCCCUUGUUAGUGGUAUGGGAGGUCCAAACCAGGCUGCUAAUGUGAUUACAUCAGGACUUUUCUUUGCACUUGUUCAAGGAGGGCUUUUCAAGUUGGGGGAGAAGUUCUCACAGCCUCCAGCCGAAGAUGUACAGUAUGCUGCAACAAGAUCCAUGUUAAUGUCUCUGGGGCUUGAGAAUUAUGAGAAGAACUUCAAGAAGGGUCUGCUAACAGAUCGUACUUUGCCUUUGCUCACAGAUAGUGCAUUAAGGGAUGUAAAAAUCCCUCCGGGGCCCAGACUUCUUAUUCUUGAUCACAUCCAAAGGGUCCCAGACUCGAGAAUAGGGAAAUAGGGAAAUGGAUGCUGUUAUGGAGUUUGCUGCUCUUCCUUGGUCAUUUUCAUUUCAAUUGUGUAUUGACUUGAAACUAAAGUCUGUUGUAUUAUUUGGAGGCAAGGUUUCAAGGGAACCUGCGAUGCUGCUAUGAAGUUUGUUCUUCCUCUUCCACAUCUUGGCUAUAUCCUUUCCCAAUUAUACAUCGACUGGAAACUAAAAUCUAUUGCAUGCUUGGAUGCAAGGUUACAAGGGAACCUGCACAGAUGCUUCGGUUUACUUCGAUUCAAGAAAAUUUUGAGGCUCUUUGUGGUAUAUUCUCUGGAUUCUAGAUGUUAACUGUAAGAUUGUCAGUGUGGAAUUUGUUGUUUUAGCUGCCUUAAGCAUACUCCAUAUUAAUGUCUCUA